CCUUUUUUGAUUGAUCUAUUAUUUACAUUUCAAUGUUUUGUUUUGUUUUAAAAAAACAUCCUAGUUAGUUUCCUUUCUUGUUCUUUUACUUUUCUUUUUAACCCUUCCCCUUUUCGGCCUGAUUAAUAAUAAUAAUAUUAUUAUUAUUUGUUUUUAUGAGCCAUGCCAUGUUUCUGACUGCAGCAAGCUUCGUUUUUUGUAACCUUCAGCUGCAUCGGGAGACAGAUGUUCCCUUGUUUACGCUUCAAGUCCCUUUGAAGUUAGCACCUCCCAUUAAAAACUUCGAAGUUUUUCAACCCAAUUCUUUACUGGAAUAUAUUACUAAGAGCAAUUGCUCACUCACGGGACUGUUGCCAGCCUGAGACUUCCUCUGACUUGAUUGUUGCUGUGCUUGUCAGUUGCGUUAUUUCUUUUCCUCCAGCGGCCACGUUAAUACAUUGUUGAGGUUACCUCCACCCACUUCAGACUCCAAAGACAAGACUUGUAGGGUUUAAACACUACUGGGGCAAGGAAAAGCUGGACUGUCUCUAGUCCUAUCUAGGAACUGACCUGUAACGUUUGGAUGAUUCCUAGAUGUUUGGUAUUUCCUUGCUGGACUUUCACAGACUUUGUGAUUUCCUACCCAAGAUCGCCACGCCUGGGCUCAGCCCGGAGACAACUGGAGUGUAAACUAAACAAUAGAACUGGUUUAGUGGCUUCUUCUGUUUUGUUUGGAAAAAGCAGUACCGACGACGUUCCAGAAAGGAAAACAAAAUCAUUUUCCGAUGCUGAAAUCUGGACUUUGCAUCUCUCUCUCUCUGUCUGUCACACGCUUAUUUGCUUUAUUGGAGAAAACAGAAAGAGAGGCAUCGCGAGCCGGAUAAUCUGGAAGGGUUGUUUGGACUGACCUUGGACUGUUCUUCCAUCUUUGUGACGUUGGCACGGUUGGACUCUCACCUGGUUGAUGGGAUUAAUCUGUUCCUGAGAUUAUUCUCUUGGCAACGUCUCCAGCCCGAGGAAGGACAUGGCCUCCGUUUCUUACGUCCUACAAGCCGGGGUUUUGCUCUUCCUUCAUGGCUGCAUCACAGGGCAUCCUAUGCAAGCACGUUCUGUGUCAGAAGACACAAGAAACUGUACAACUAACCCACCGUACUUGCCGCCCACGGCGAUUGGGACGGGCGAGCGGCUGAAGGCCCUACGUGAGCACAUGAAAACCCACAAGCUGUCAGCCUAUAUUGUGCCUAACACAGAUGCGCACCUGAGUGAAUACAUCGCAGAACGGGACAAGCGACUCACUUGGAUGUCGGGUUUUUCAGGAUCGUCGGGGACUGGUGUGAUCACCCUGCAGAAAGCCGCUCUCUUCACGGACAGCCGCUAUUGGAUUCAGGCUGAGCGUCAGAUGGACUGCAAUUGGGAGCUGCAGAAAUCAGGGUGGCUCACCUCUAUUGGACAAUGGAUACUCAAUGAAGUUCCUGCUGGGGAAACCGUUGGAUUGGAUCCCUUCCUCUUUUCUAUUGACUCUUGGUAUAACUAUCACCAGAUCCUGGAAGGUGAAAAUAGGACUUUGGAUUUCCUUGAAGUUAACCUGGUGGACCUCGUCUGGGGCAGCGAGCGGCUUCCUCCUCCUAUCAACACAAUCUAUCGACUCACAGAUGACUUCACUGGAAGUACCUGGCAAGAGAAGGUUGCCCACGCUCGGUCGCAGAUGGAGCAACACAGCAAGAAGCCCACAGCAAUCUUGCUUUCUGGCCUUGAAGAGACGGCAUGGCUCUUCAAUCUUCGAGGAGAUGACAUUCCUUACACCCCCGUCUUCUACGCUUACACUCUUCUCACCAAGACAGAUAUCAGUCUGUUUGUGAACCGGAGCCGGCUGGGCACCGAAGCGCUCCAGAUGCUGACAGCAGGGUGUGUGGAAUCUCUGUGUGUGAAGGUGGAAGACUACGACCAGAUAGGUGCCAGCCUGAGAAAAUACGCCCACCAAGAUGGGGUGAUGAUCUGGAUUGGGACGGAAUACACAACUCUGGGGCUUUACAAGGAGAUCCCUCAGGAAAAGCUCUUAGAAGACGAUUUCUCCCCUGUCAUGCUCUCCAAGGCUGUCAAAAACUCCAAGGAGCAGAAGAUGAUGGAAGCUGCUCAUAUACGAGAUGCUGUGGCGCUGAUCCGGUAUUUGGUUUGGCUGGAAAAGAACGUGCCCAAGAAGUCUGUUGAUGAGGCGUCUGGAGCACGUUACCUGGACGCGCUAAGAAGGGCAGAGCUGCACUGCAAAGGGCCGAGCUUUGAGACCAUCUCAGCCAGUGGCUUGAAUGCAGCCUUGGCUCAUUACAGCCCAUCCAAUCUUACUGCUCGAAAACUGUCUCCCAAUGAAAUGUACUUAUUGGAUUCUGGAGGCCAAUAUUUCGACGGCACCACGGACAUCACUCGGACCAUCCACUGGGGGGAGCCCACAGCUUUGCAGAAGGAAGCCUACACAAGAGUGCUGAUGGGAAAUAUUGAUUUGAGCAAGCUUGUCUUCCCACCCAGAACGUCAGGAAGAAUAUUGGAAGUGUUCGCUCGCCGGCCCUUAUGGGAAGUUGGGUUGAACUAUGGCCAUGGCACCGGUCAUGGCAUCGGCAACUUCUUGUCUGUUCAUGAGUGGCCUGUGGGGUUCCAGUCCAACAACAUUCCUUUGGACAAGGGAAUGUUCACUUCCAUAGAGCCUGGUUAUUAUCAUGAUGGGGAAUUUGGUAUCCGUCUCGAGGAUGUUGCACUUGUGGUGCAAGCUAAGACAAAGUAUCCGGUGCCCGAAGAGCCCUACCUGACGUUCAAGGUGGUGUCCCUGGUGCCCUAUGCACGGAACCUCAUUAACCAGAGUCUCCUAUCUCCGGAUCAGAUCCAGUACAUCAACAAGUACUACGAGACCAUCCGCCAGAUCAUUGGGCCUGAGCUGGAGAGACGUCAGCUGAAAGAGGAGCACCGGUGGCUGCAGAAGAACACAGAGCCUUUCUCUCACGCCUCCUUGCUGGCAGCUUCUCUUGGCACCUUGGCAGUGAGCACACUGGCUUCUACCGUUCUGCCAGGAGCCCAGCAUUGAUCCAGGAGCACCCCACAACUUCCUUGCAACUCUUCGCCCUGUGUGAUCCCAAGUCUCAUGGCAUGGUCCACCUCAACCCAUGUCUCCCAGGCCUCCAUUUUAGGCCUCUAAGCAUCACUGACCAUCCUUCUUCCCAUUUCCAUUGGCAUCACCACAAUCUCCUGCUGUUCUGACCUAGGCGUCCCCAAACCACGAAGCAGACUCCAAAAACCCCUUUUUAUUAAGUUACUGUGAAUUCCUCUCAUUCACAUCCAGCAAAGUCUUUCAAGGGUGAAUUUACAGUCACAGGCCUUCUCUGGCUUGGAGAGCUGCCAGGCCGAUGUCUUCAAAACUUGGCAAGGAGUCUCUGAGAAUCACGAACCAGUUAACUGAACUAAUUGUCUCCUGCAAACCCUCCUUUUGCUCUUUAUUCCCUAUGGGAGGGGCCAUUCACUGUCCACCUGUGGCUUUACUCCUGAGUCGACCCUUGUUCCUUAGCUGUUCUCUUCUCCUGGCAGCCCUGCGCAUGCGCACACUGGGAGCAGGCUCCAGCUGUUCUUCUGCUCCACCGAUGUCCGACUCCGAAGGCAGCUGACAACUGUCGGACGGUCCGGGCUCUAUCUCUGCCUCCGACGCAGAGCCUUCAUCAGAGCCUUCCCCAGACUCCAGGACUGGCCCAUGUUCCUCCCCAAUCUCCUCACUGUCUGAGCCUGCCACCAGCUCUGUUGGCCGCUGGCGGGCCACCACACUGAUCUGAUUCCAGGCCAGGAACUGUAUAAACCCAUUCUCCGUUUCUCUCCUGAGGAGCCAAGGUGGAGCAGAGGCUGAAAGAAGGAAGGGAGGGAGGAUAUAAUUUUAAGCUUCACAAGGUAAUACAGGUAGUCCUCCACUUACAACAGUCCAUUUAGUGACCGUUCAAAGUUACUUAAUUAGUAAUUCAAAGUAACUUAAUUUACUUACUCACUUAACAAAUUUCUCCCUUAGCAACACAUAUUAUGGGUUCAGUAAGUGGUCGUAAGAUGAGGACUGUCCAUACCUCCUCUGAGGGUAGCUCCUUCCUUGUGGAUCCUUCACUCCUUAUAAUAUUAAAUUGUAGAAAAAUAGAUUUAUUAGGAAAAUAACUAAGCCGAGUCAAUGGAGACACCAGACUUGCUUAGCAACUGAGUUACUAACCUAUCAACUGCACUGGUUCACUUAGCAAUAGUGGCCAGAAAGAUCAUAAAAACGGGGCAAAACUCACUUAACAAAUGUCUCACUUAAUGACAGAAAUGUUGGGCUUGGUUGUGGUCAUAUGUCAAGGACUAGCUGUAUAUUUGGAGGGCUGUAGGUUGGAGGAGGCUGACUCAGAGGCGUAAUCAUUAUUUGGUACGCCUACUAAGAUGUUAUGAAGAGAUAACGGCACACCUGUGUCAUUACACUCAUAAUGGGGACCUGCUACAUCCACAAACAUCAGCACUGGUUCAUCUUAAGUCCUAUUGACAGAAGAGCAGCUGUCAUUCAGGAGGUUAGUCCUUCCCACUGAUACAGCAUCCUUUCGUGAACUGAUCCGGUCCGCUUGCAAAACCAGCCAAAUAGGUACUGCUAAUAAAAUGACAUCUAAAGAA